ACGAACAACGUGUCCGCCCCAUUUGAUUGUUUCAUAUUUUGAUGAAUUAGAUAUGGCGCGGUACACGUCAAUACGAGUGUAGCUAUUUUAAUUGAAUGGAUGAAAUAAUUGUGCGAUUUCUGCAGCUAGCUGUAACUAGCGAGGUUAUUCAAGUGAAAAAGAGAUAGCAUCGCUGUGCUACAUCCCUUUCAUCGCUAAUUAUUGUCUUAGGAAGCUGACAACAGGGUACAGUGUGCAGGGGCUAGUUAGCUAGCGAGGCUUCUACAAUUUAGCUAGUAUAGUUAAUGAAAGAAUACAGGGAGAAUUCGAUCCCUGGAAAUCCAGCUGCAAGUCUGGAUCACAUCAAGCCAUGUUGGUACUGGGACAAGAAGGACCUGGCUCACACACCCUCCCAGUCCGAGGGCCUGGACCCGGCCACCGAGGCCCGGUACCGAAGAGAGGGGGCUCGAUUCAUCUUCGACGUGGGCACGCGCCUGGGACUACACUAUGACACGCUGGCUACAGGGAUCAUAUACUUCCAUCGCUUCUACAUGUUUCAUUCCUUCAAGCAGUUCCCCAGAUAUGUGACUGGGGGUUGCUGUCUAUUCCUGGCCGGUAAAGUGGAAGAGACCCCAAAGAAAUGUAAAGACAUUAUCAAGACGGCUCGCAGCCUGCUGAAUGACAUACAGUUUGCCCAGUUUGGAGAUGACCCAAAGGAGGAGGUGAUGGUGCUGGAGAGGAUCCUGCUGCAGACCAUUAAAUUCGACCUGCAGGUGGAGCACCCAUACCAGUUCCUGCUCCGCUAUGCCAAGCAGCUCAAAGAUCUGAAGUAUUUCCGAUCUGUUUCAGGUGAUAAGAACAAAGUCCAGAAGCUAGUUCAGAUGGCCUGGACCUUUGUGAAUGACAGCUUGUGCACCAUGCUGUCCCUACAGUGGGAACCAGAGAUCAUAGCUGUAGCAGUCAUGUACCUGGCCGGCCGGCUGUGUAAGUUUGACAUCCAGGAGUGGACGUCCAAGCAGUCUUCACUGCGAUGGUGGGAACAGUUUGUCCAGGAUGUCCCAGUGGAGCUGCUGGAAGACAUCUGCCACCAGAUCCUAGACCUGUACUCCCAGGGCAAGCAGCAGAUGCCCCAGACCCCCAGUGAUAAGACCCUGCCUAUCCCCGUCCCAACCCCUACCCCUCAGCAGCUGCAGGCCCUCUCCCAGCCCCCGCUCCCCAGCCCCCCUGUCGCGCCACCACUCAGCAAGAAGGUCUCGCCCCAGACCAGCCCUCCUCGCCAGCUCAAACGAGCCCACGUAUCGUCUCCUAAAGAAGAAAGCCAGGCACCUGAGCCAGUGGGCUCUAAGAUCCCCAGGCUGGAGCCUCCCAUGCCCCCUCUACCCACAUCACAACCCCCCUCAGACCGCAAGCCUCCAGCCUCCCACCCCUCCGCCCCUCUCCCAGGAGAGACAGACCCAACUGUGGCAGGAGGCCCAGCGGAGCCCCCUAAAGGACCUCCACCUCCCCCACUCAGCCUCCCUCCACCAGCCUCCCCCGCUUCCCCACCGCCCCCCUCCACCGCCCCCGUCCAGCUACAUCAUGGGCAUCCCCACCUCCAGCUCCUACAUGUCAGGAGAGGGUUUCCAGAGCCUCCAGUCGAUGAUGAAGACAGAGGGGCCGUCCUACAGCACCAUCCCCCCAUCCUAUGGCCCUCCCCUGGCCUACCACAGCCAUGUCUACCCCCCUAACGCCCCGCCGCCUGGUCCUCCACUUUCCGCCUCCUACCCUCCACCCAACCUCCCUCCACCUUCCCCCGCCUACCCCCCGCCGGGGUACAACCACAGCUACCCUCCCCCGCCCCCUCAUUGCAUGCCCCCCGGACACGGGGA